GCACCUAUUGAAGUGAUUAGCUUAAAUGAUUACUCUGUUCAGAGAGUAUUGUCCUUGGAAGACUUUGCAACAUCUAGCACUAAUCUUAAAUCCAUGGCGGGAAUGCUCACGUCUCAUCCCUGGAAUUCCGUUGAAUUGAUUGAAACACUGAUCAAAAUGUCAGACUACGGGUUGUUCGAUGAAAUUAGAUUAUUGUUCGAGAGAAUUACCAAACAAUCUCCUGAAGUCGUAUUAUUAGGUCUUGCGCAAGUCAAAGUAAAAACCCUGGAAUACAUUGCAUCAAGAGCUCUUGGGUCGACUACUUUCAAUGUUCUUGACUGGCCACUCAAGCUCAACACCG